CGGCUCAGUGGUGUUGCCCCUUUCGCUCGCAGCCACAGCUGUAGGAAUAGCAGCAUCAGCAGCACCAUCAGAUGACGGGCAUGGGGACGGCGCUGGCGGCACGGCUUGGCCUGGGGCUCCUGCUCCUGGCCCUCCUCCUACCCACGCAGAUCUACUGCAAUGUCAACGGAACAAGUCCAACACCUUCAAACAAUUCUUCAAGUUCCGUUUCUCUGUCAUCUAUCACAAAUUCAGUGAACAAUACUACGACUCAUGGACAUGGAAAUUCUCUUCACUCCACCACAAGUUUUCUCUUCAUUCUCUCAGUUUCUCUUCUGUAUUUUUGCUGCUAAGAGACUCUGGCACGGAAAUGGCUACCACUCCCCACCCAGUUUCCUGAACCAUUCAAGAGAUGACUAGAUCUCCAACCCAGCAUGAAAGUAAAUCAGUCCAAACUCUGCAUCAAACCAGCUUGGUUCCACUCCAUACUCAAAUUAGUACCACUCUGACCUAGAGAAGCACUCAGUAUUCUGACUUUCCAAAGCUGACCAGUGUGAGAAGACUUGACUUUUGUCAAGGAGGUAAAAUGAUGAGCUCUUUCACCAAAUGAGUUGGAAUUUGAAAAACAAGAUGGAAGCAAAAAGAGACAGUAUUGGCAACCCCUGACUGAAACCUGAGAAGAAACACAGUAUGGAUGAUAACAGCCAAGAAAAAAGGCUAGAGCAUCUAUCUACCAUUUAGAAUAAGGACUUGAAGAUAUUUUCUUUUCAAUUUAAAUUCAUUAAAGUCAACAGGCACUAGAAAACACAGAAAAGCUCAAGUGGUUCUGUUUCUCACAUCCUAUAUAGUUAUAACCUAUGGGUAGGGGGAUGUAUGCUAAAGAAACAAAGCGUCAUUGAAAAAGGUUUCUUCUAGACUUCAUUUGUAUGAAAUUGCUACAAGACUAAAAUAGAACACUAAAUUUUUGUAAGAAUCCUCUUCUUUAAUUUCCAAGUCCUAACCAAAUGACUAGCCAGGCAGGGCUAGUUUUGAAAUAGCUAAAAUAGUUUAAUUAUUUAUCGUGGGAGUUUGAAUUUGACACUUUAAGUUGGUAUGUUAAACCACAUGUGCCAGAGGAAGGAGAUGUGGAAACAUUGGGAAAAGUACCAGGAGCUUUUUGUAAGUGAAGUUCAGUCAAAACAAAAAGGAGGAAAAAAAAAAAGUCAAAGGAUAAAUGUCUCCUCUCUCCCUUAUUUCUUCUCCCAAGUUCUACAAGUUGUGUAAGUUGUUUUUGCUCCUGGAACUUUCCUUAAUUAUGAAGGAUUUAUGGAAUCUUUUGAGUAACGUUCUAGUGCUGCUUUUAUUUUUUUGGCACAAGGUGAAUAACUUACUGUUUGGGUUGUUUUUUGAAGCGUUUUCAUUGUGAUAAUUUACUUUAAACAUGGGCUAAUAUUUGUGGUGGGGAGAAGGAAUGGGGAGAGGAGAGCAGAACGCCAAAAAUAAGUGAAAAGAUCAGGUGUUUGGCAUAUGAAGACCAGAGUCUUAACCUAUUCGCUGAAUUUAAAGGUUACCUUUGUAAAUACUACUCUUUAAUUUUUUUUUCUGAAUCAAAAUUGCUACACUUGCACAGAUUGUAUCAUCCAACACUUUAGAUACUAGUAUCUGGUACCUGGUUGAAGCAUACUUUGUGGAGGAGGUCCAACUACCUUUAUGAUAACACCUUGUCAGAGAAAAAAAUCCUGUUGAUAUGAUCAGAUGUGAGUAUACGUGAUCAUAUCAUUGUGUAUAGAUAUUUAUCUCAGUAUAAGAUCAUGUCAAACAUGAGUGGCUCUCUACAUUUGUUUUUUAAAAAUACACAUCUGUCUUUGAGUUACAUGACCACCAAUCCAGAGUAUCACACAUUAAUAGCAAACUAACACAAGUUCAUGUCAGUGAGUGUACACAGACAUUUCCUCAUGCUUAUCAUUUGUAUCCAGUAAAAUGUGGAUGAUUGUAUUUUUGUGUUUGUGUAAUUAUGCUUUGAUUUAUUAGCUACUGAUUUUCACUGUUUAAAGAAAAAGAAGUUUAAAAAUCCCCAAUGGACAGGCAAUGCAUUCUAGAUACACUUCUAGAAACUUCUGCAAAAACUUGUAACUUGCCUGCAUAAAGUGAAUGAACUGUUAAGCAAGACAGUCUAUGUGAUUAAAAACCUCAAGGUGUAAAAACA